UGGGUUAAGUGUGCACACAUCAACCUAUCGUUAAAAGUUACACUUAAACCAAAUGAUGUAUACUAUGUAGCGGGUGAGUGUUUUAGGACAUCGGUGGCUUCCACCAUAGCGGACGCGUUCAGGCACGCCCAAAGGGGCGGUCCCGAGGGCACCACUCCCCACGUGCCGUCUCUUCCUGUAACGCUGUACCUUUUCGCGCCAAUUUUGCCAGCAGGGGAUUGUGGGAUACUGGUGGAUGACUGAGAAUAUUGCGGUUGCAGUCUAACGGCAUAGUUUUUUUUCUUUUUGUUUCAAUUUGAGAAAAAGGAAUAUUCAGAUGCGAGAAAACGAGGUGGACUCCCCGUGUGGGAACGGGGAGGAUAACACGGCCCGGGAAAUCAUGGAAGCGCUGUGCCAAGAGUUGAAUAUGGACGAGCAGACUGCGGACGAAGCUAUGCAAAAUUUCACUGCCGUCUGGGAUACGUACACGCUGGAGGGGGAGCUGGUCCACUGGCUUGCCUGUGCCCUCUAUGCAGCCUGCCGCAAGGGCAGCACACCCACUGUGGGCAAGGGGGUGAUGGAAGGAAAUUGUGUGUCACUCACCAGAAUCCUGCGGUGCUCCAAGCUUAGUUUGAUUCAGUUCUUCUGUAAGAUGAAGAAGUGGUCGGACAUGUCUAAUUUGUCCCAGGACUUCCGAGAUAAGGUUGGGCACUUGGAGAGAAAUUUUGAAGUGACAACGGUGAUCUUUAGGAAGUUUGAACCCAUCUUCAUGAGCAUGUUCCAGAAUCCUCAGGGGGAACCUUCACGACAGCCUAGGAGCAGAAAGCACAGGCGGCUGCCCUGUCACAUAAGUGAUGUCUUCAAAUUCUGCUGGACUCUCUUUGUGUAUACAAAAGGAAAUUUCCGCAUGAUUGGUGAUGACCUGGUGAACUCGUAUCACCUCCUCCUCUGCUGCCUGGAUUUGGUGUUUGCUAAUGCACUUCUGUGUGCCAACAGAAAAGACCUCAUCAAUCCAUCCUUCAAAGGUCUGCCUUGCCCUAAGAAUCAGGACUACCUUAGCCCUGUUUAUACCCCUCCAGAGCAGCCCCCAUGCAUGCUGGAAAAGUUGUGUGAACUGCAUGAUGGACUAGUUCUAGAGGCCAAGGGAAUUAAGGAGCACUAUUUCAAACCCUACAUUAAAAAACUGUUCGAGAGACAGAUUUUGAAAGGGAGUGAACUGUUGCUCACUGAACUCCUGGACACCCCUAACUUCAUUGAUAAUAACAAGGCGGUUAACCGAGAGUAUGAGGAGUAUGUGCUGACGGGCGGUGAUUUCGACGAGCGCGUGUUCUUGGGUGCGGACGCUGAUGAGGAGAUCGGCACUCCCCGCAAAGCCACGGCGACUGAGCUUCCCGAGGGACAGCUGUCCUGCCGCCUGCAGAUGGAGUGUAACUUACAGCAGCACUUCGAGAAGACGCGCUCGUUCGCACCCUCUACCCCCCUGACCGGCCGGGGAUACCUGAAGGAAAAAGACGUCCUGGUGACGCCAGUGUCCUCGGCCACACAGAGUGUCAGCCGGCUGCAGAGCAUGGUGUCCGGACUGCGCAAUGCCCCCAGCGAGGCCCUGUUGCAGAUCUUCAAGUCGUGCUCUCGAGAUCCCACAGAUGCUAUUCUGGAGCGAGUGAAGUCCCUGGGGGAGACGUUCCGGGAACACUACACCAAGGACACGGAGGAGCUCCCGGGAUCUCACAUGGAUUUUGCAGAGAAGAGGUUCAAGCUGGCCGAAAUCCUGUAUUACAAGGUACUGGAGAACGUGAUGGUCCAGGAGCUUCGCCGGCUGCAGGGCAAAGACAUGGCAGUUCUGCUGGAGCAGGACAUCUUUCACCGCUCUCUAAUGGCCUGCUGCCUGGAGGUUGUUCUCUUUUCCUACAGCUCGCAACACACCUUCCCCUGGGUGAUCGAGGUCUUCAGGCUGCGGCCCUUCUACUUCUACAAGGUGAUCGAGGUGUUCAUCCGCUCAGAGGAGGGCCUUUCACGGGACACGGUGAAGCACCUGAACAGCAUCGAGGAGCAGGUCCUGGAGUGCCGAGCUUGGGCCCGUGACUCUGCACUGUGGGAGGCACUGGACGCUGCGCACAUGAAGGUCCCUACGGUGGAGGAGGUGAAUUUCCCUAGCAGCUUUGAGACGGGGGGCUGCAGUGGUCCGGCACACCUGCCCCUGGUGGCCCUCUCCCCAAUCGUGCACCCCCGCAUCAGGGAGGUGAGGACCGGUCUGGGCGGAAGUGGAAGUGCCCGCAAAGAUGUGCCCCCUUCCCCCAUCUCGCUUCACGACCGGUACAGCUCCCCCUUGGCCGGCAGCGCUAAGAGGCGUCUGUUUGGAGACGACGUGUCAUUGGCCCAGCCAGGAUCGCCCACCAGGCGGGUCCCCCUGCCCCCCGGUGGCGUGCUAAAGAUCAUCCCCACGUCCCCCUGUGCCGCCGAGGUCGUGCCCGGGUCCCCAGCACACACCAUUAUCACCAUGUCUGCCUCCGCCAAUGCACAGCAGCUUGGCAUACCCAUGCAAGGCUUGAAGAGUGACUUCGGGGGAAUCACCAUCAUCCAGGUGCAGCCCAGCGAGUCUGUGCCCCUAACGGCUCAGCUUCUGCUCACUGCCUCCCCGGGCCGGCCUGGCCUGGGUGCCGUGCCCGCUGAUGCCCAGAGCACCCACAAGCCCCGGCGAACUGGCUCACUGGCACUGUUCUUCCGCAAGGUGUAUCACCUGGCCAGCGUGCGGCUGCGGGACCUGUGCCUGAAGCUGGACAUCUCAGCAGAGCACCGGGGAAAGAUCUGGACGUGUUUCGAGCAUUCUGUCGUCCACUGCACGGACCUGAUGAAGGACCGGCACCUGGACCAACUCUUGAUGUGCGCCGUGUACAUUGUGUCCAAGAUCACAAAGGAGGAGCGCACCUUUCAGGACAUCAUGAAGUGCUACCGCAGCCAGCCACAGGCCAACAGCCAUGUUUAUCGGAGUGUCCUCCUUCGGUGUAAAGGCAAGGAACAGCUUUCUGAUGAAAACAAGCCAGGGACAGACCAGCUUGGUGAGCAAGGUGCUGAGAAGGAAUCAGAAGCAGAUUUAGAGGAGCGGGGUGACUUGAUCCAGUUCUACAACUCUGUCUAUGUCCUGAGGAUGAAGGGUUUCGCGGUCAAAUACGCCGUUCCCAGCACAGACAGCAGGGCAGAGGCUCCGCCUCUUUCCCCGUUCCCGUCUGUGAGGGCGCAGCCACUGUCACCUCGCCGCGUGUCCCAGAGGCACUUCAUCUACGUUUCCCCACACAAGAACGGCUCCUGUAUCACCCCCAGCUCUGCCUUCACCUACAAGUUCAACGGCAGCCCCUCUAAGGAGCUGAACGACAUCAACAGGAUGAUCCGGCAAGGAGGUGUGAGCCGCAAGCGGGUCUUCACCAUGGAGGGUGACUACCCGGAUUCCCCGUCCAAGCGACCGUGCCAGGAGAGCAAGGACGUGCUGCUGAAACGCCUCCAGGACGUCGUGAGUGAGAGAGCUCACCACUGAGCACUCUACCACGGAGCGCUCUACCAGUGAGCGCUCUACCAGUGAGCGCUCUACCAGUGAGCGCUCCACCACUGCAGGCCACGCCCCCUGCUUGACUCUGGUUCCGAGGGAGGCGGUUCUCGGUCACCCAAUGCCAUCACAGCAUCAGCAUUAUGGAUAUACAGCACAGAACUGUACCCUUAAUUGUAAGUCGUAAGCACACAGGUCUGCCCAGAGAUCUUAUGAUUUGUGUCUCUCCCCCAAAAAAAAUAAAAAUCAAGGUUAUGUUUUUAAUGUAAUAUUUUUGUUUUGGUUAUGAACCAAAAGUAGUAUCUUGGCAUGGGUUUUGGGAGAUGAGGUAAUGGGUGAGUGAAGCCCAAUUCCUCCCUCCGUGGCCUUUUCUGGAGCUGAUUCUUGGGGCAGAUGCAGUCGGAUGGUCUCUAGGCAGGUAACUGUGGGUUUAUGCUGCUUUUUAGCAGCAUUUUGUCUAUGUGUGUAGUAUCUACACUUUUUUUCUCUUUUUUUAAUUAUGUGGUUGCGCAUUAAUGCUGAGUUGUUCAGCAGUUUUGUUUAUUUUUGCAAAGUCAUAUCUUGCUGUUGAAAUAUUCGCCCAGCUGUCUUCUUUUAAAUGAUAUUCAGAUUUAAUUUGGAACUUAAAAAAUGUUUGUUCUUAUGUAAUGUUUCACAUCUAAUGGGACUUGGUGACCAGUGAUCCUGGUAUUUACUUUAAAACUGAUCAGUACUCUGUGGGUUAAUCUGUUUGUUCUGCAUCUUAAACAGAGUUCCACAUCAAACUGAAACGGAACAUAACAGUAGUUCGGUCCCGAAUCCAACACAGCUUACAUUAACUGAUUCUACAUAAUACAGAAGGAGCAGGGUUACUGCUUGUUAGUUUCCCACUUAGGGAAAUGCAAAAUCCUGUUUAGUAUCUUUUAUUAGCAUUCUAAUUACCUGGGUGUUGACUAAUUAUAUUUUGUAAAGUAACAAAUUAAGCUGAACUGGGAAAAAUUGGAAGAAACAAUGAAAUGGACACUUUCUGUAGCAUGGCCGUAACCCAGAGCAUGGCUAAAUUUUCCCCUUUUCUUUUACACAUGUAUGAAAAUAAACUUUCAUAUUUUACUUA